UUGGUAAAGGUGUCCUCCACAGCGCUACUCUCAGUGUGUCGGCGUCUACCCAGAGCGUCAAGAAGCUACCGCACGCCUCCGUCACUGCUCACAAGGCUGCCGUGAUGAACCAGACCACACAGGUCCUCUGGCUACCGCUCCUGCUCCUGAUUUUCAGCACUGGUGCUAAGGCCAAAGCUAUAGAUGUGGAGAAGAUCAAACUGAGCAUCAGUGAGACUGACCAAAAUGUGCGACUGUCCUGGAGCAACCCAGAUCAAACUAUUACAGAACUAUGCUACGCCAGCCAGCUGCAGUACUGGAACAGUUGCCAUGAGAACUGGACGACGAUCUAUAGGGAAACAACGGAGGACUUCAGCGUAACUGUUCCACGCCAAGGAAGAUAUGGGUUUAAAGUGAGAAUGAUGACUAAAUGCAGGCCCGGGAGCAGUUGGAAUGCCUGGACCGAUGAGAUGUGGACUGAUGAAGGGAAUUCAGUCCCAUGCAACUUGGUCCCUUCACAGAACACAGCAUACUAUCCUGUUUUAUGGACUUUAGUGGCUGUGAUUGUCAUCCUGAUUUUAUGCCUGUCAACACAAAAAUGGAUCAGGAAUUAUAUUCUUCAAAAUAUUCCAGACCCAAAGCAUGUGCAGAAUAUGUUGAACUUCAGUCAUUCAACGUGGUGGGAAAACCCUUCCCUCAAAGGGGAAUGUGUGGCCAUCGAGGUUGAGGAGAUUGUUGUCAACCAAGUAAACCAGGACAAAAAGAAAGACAUAGAAGAAGAAGAAGAAGAAGAAGAAGAAGAAGAAGAAGAAGAAGAGCAGAAGGCAGAGGAGGAGGAAAAGCAGCGAGAAAAAGAGGAAGAGGGGGAGGACAUGCAGAUGCUGACUGAGGAGGGUUGUGGGGACCUGCACAAACUGGAGGGGGGUUCCCCUGUGCCAUCUCUUGCUCAGCCUGGCAUCAGCUACGGAGGAGCCUACAUCCUCUGGCCCAGUCAGACAUGAACACCUCAACAGGGAGAUCACCGUAGAUCAGGAGAGAUAACAGAUACAAAAACAAAAACACAGUGUUCAUGGGGGGUUUUUGAAAUUUCAGUGCAUCCGUUUGGAGACUAUAGCGAGCACCUUUCUGGAGACUAGCGAGCUAACCAGCCAGGGCUGGAGUUUCACUGCGGCCAUGAUGUUGCCGCUUGUGUUGGCCGUGAUGAAAAAAUCGAAUGAAAAAAUCGGAGGUUCACAGGCCACGGUGGCCUUGGUGCCCUGCAUGACUACUUCCCUCUUCUUUCCAUAUUCUGCUUUGUAUCCGACUGAUGCAGCGAUUUGAUUUUGAGGGAAAUUCGUUUCUCUGCAUUUAACCCAAUUUAACCAAAUUAGUGAACACACACAGCACACACACAGUGAGGUGAAUCACACACUAACCCAGAGCAGUGAGCUGCCUGCCCAACCAGCAGCGCUCGGGGAGCAGUGGGGGGUUAGGUGCCUUGCUUAAGGGCACUUCAGCCGUGGUGGACUGCCUGUCAAAUUAAUCUUUAAGUUAGUCUGUUAUGCUGCAUACUAUAGGCCUACUAAUAUUUCAAUGCGCCUGUGACAAAACACUAUGAUGCUGCUAUUUAGCCCAUUCUUCUCAGCUUUUAAACAAUGUUAGCCGCUAGUUGCUUGCAGACAGUGAUGAACGGAUUGAAAAUAGAGGGGAAAAAAUAGGUCUAUCAUUCCUCUGUACAAUUAGCUGUUCCAGAGUAAUCCGGUUUUGAUUGUUUCCAACUUUUUGGCUUCAAGUUUCACAAUGUGCUUAAAUUGUUCAAUACAUGAUUUCAUAACAGGCCAAAUACAAAAUAAAUGUUACAAAUAUUACCUACAGUAGAUAUCUGUAAAAAUCAGAAGAUAUACAGUUCAUGGCUAAGAGUUUGUUAAAGUCUCAUCACAAAAUACAUGCAUAUUGGCUAUUUGAGUUUCUUAAAGCUGAGCUGCUUAAAAUAUUCAAUACAUGAUUUCAUUUCAGGCCAAAUAGAAAAUUAAUGUUAAACAUAGCCUAGAUAUCUGUAAAUAUUAAAAUGAUUAACAUUUCUAGGCCAUACAAUGAUGCAGGUCUAUUGCAGUGAAUAGACUAAACUCACAUUUGAUCAGUUUUAUGUAGCCUACUGUAUAGUUACUGUAACUUUGGCCUUGGUGCCCUGACGUGUGGCCAAUUGGCCUUGCCCCUAAACUGAUGAAAAUUCCAUGUCUGUAACUAGCUAAACUCUAACAGGGGAGCUACA